GCAGCUCGUUGGCUCGCUAUAUAAAGGGGAGAAGCAGGCGGACCGGACGGCUGGAGCUGCAGCCGGUGGCGGCAGCGGUGGCGCGGGGAGCGGUGACCGGUGUUGGUUUCCCUCCUCGGCGCCGAGUGGGGAGCGGGUGACGCCCCCUAACCCCCUAAGGGGUCGUGGCUAAUUUUUUUUCCCCAUUUUUUUCUUUUUUUCUUUAGGCGAUUCUCGAGGUUUUUAGCUGCGGGAGGAGUGCCCCCCUCCUCCUGCUCUCCCGCCUCUUACUCCUCCUGGAUCGGUUUUGUUGAGAAAAUUUUUUCCCCUACUCUUGGCGGGUGACUUGAGUCACCCUCCGGGUCUCAGUUUUUUUUUUUCUUUUUUUUUUUAAUUUAAUUUUUUUUUCCUUUCUUUCUUUCUCGUUCCCUCUUGUUUGUGUUGUGUGUGGAAAUGGCGAACUCGGCAAACACAAACACCGUGCCUAAAUUGUAUAGAUCUGUGAUUGAAGAUGUUAUUAAUGACGUACGAGACAUUUUUCUGGAUGAUGGAGUGGAUGAACAGGUCCUGAUGGAACUAAAAACUCUGUGGGAGAAUAAACUAAUGCAGUCUAGGGCAGUAGAUGGAUUUCAUUCAGAAGAACAGCAGCUUUUGUUGCAAGUUCAGCAGCAGCAUCAACCCCAGCAGCAGCAGCAUCACCACCACCACCACCACCACCAGCAGCAAGUGCAACCUCAGCAAACGGUACCUCAGCAAGCACAGACCCAACAGGUCCUUAUUCCUGCAGCACAGCAAGCUACACCACAAGUUAUUGUUCCUGAUUCUAAGUUGCUACAACAUAUGAAUGCAUCAAGUAUUACGAGUGCUGCUGCUACAGCUGCUACCUUGGCUCUCCCUGCAGGAGUGACUCCUGUUCAACAACUACUGACAAAUUCAGGCCAGCUGCUUCAGGUGGUCAGAGCAGCCAACGGUGCCCAGUAUAUCUUGCAGCCUCAGCAGUCAGUUGUUCUACAGCAACAAGUUAUACCACAAAUGCAGCCUGGUGGAGUCCAAGCACCUGUUAUCCAGCAGGUCCUAGCCCCGCUUCCUGGAGGGAUGUCACCACAGACGGGUGUCAUCAUCCAGCCACAGCAAAUCUUAUUUACAGGAAACAAGACUCAGGUCAUUCCUACCACAGUGGCAACACCCACACCGGCCCAAGCGCAGAUACCUGCAGCUGGACAGCCGCAGCCACAGGCCCAGCCUGCCCAACAGCAAGCUCCAUUGGUGCUGCAAGUUGAUGGAACAGGGGAUACAUCUUCGGAGGAAGACGAAGAUGAAGAAGAAGACUAUGAUGAUGAUGAGGAAGAAGAUAAAGAGAAAGAUGGAGCUGAAGAUGGACAGGUGGAAGAAGAGCCCCUCAACAGUGAAGAUGACGUAAGUGACGAGGAAGGGCAGGAACUCUUUGACACAGAAAAUGUUGUUGUCUGCCAGUAUGAUAAGAUACACAGAAGUAAAAAUAAAUGGAAAUUUCAUCUCAAGGAUGGCAUUAUGAAUCUUAAUGGAAGAGAUUAUAUAUUUUCCAAAGCCAUUGGAGACGCAGAGUGGUGAAGAGUUGCUUCUUUCCUUUUAUAAAUAAGACAAAGAAACUUACAAAGUUAAAAUGGACGGUUUGAAACUUGGGACAUAUAUCAGCCAAAACUUCACUUCUGCAUGUCAGAAAAGCGCAGUAGAAGCAAAGCUACCGGAGCAGGGCUAGGCCUUGACCACAUAGACACUACUUCAGACCGGCAAGCCAUGGAACUGUAGCACCUGGGGUUGCUGGGCGGGGGAGGGGUUUAUGUAGGAAAACUGUAACUGUCGAUUUUAAAUACAGGAACCUGCCAUUGGUAAUUAGCAUGUAAAGCUUUGUCUAUAUUUGUUUCUCCAAGUUGGGCUCAAUCAGAAGAUACUUGUUGGAAUGACCCGAAGAAUUACCCUUUUGAUAGAUUGAACUGAAACUGCUUAUUGUAUGUGGUUAUAUUUGGUAAAAAUUGCGUGUGAGCUUUUUACAGAAGGGCAAGAAUUAUGGUGUUGAAUUUUAAUUCACUUGUAUAAGAAAAUUUAAAACUCAUAAUAGGUCUUAAAAACAUUUUUACUUGUUACUCUCCUCAGUAAUACAUACCUCUCGCUUCCCUGCUGUCUGAACAUCUAUGUAAGAUUUAACGAAAAGGAUCGACGGUCACAGCUUAGAGACAAAGUUGACCCAGGAAUGGAUGCUUGAUUUAAUUAGGUUUUCAUGCUUGUUAAAUGUGACUUAAAGACUUGGGUCUUACCUAGGUUUACUAGAAUUAAAGUGACAGCUUAAUUUCCUUACGGAAAAACUGCUCAGUCCCAUUCUAUAAGAGGAAACCCCAAAUUGGCUCUCAGGAAUAUGCUUUCAUUUCACAAAGGUCCCACCGAGCGGCAGUUGUAUAGUACACGUGAGAUGUGGAGGGUUUUCUUCUGGGCUACAGUGUGUGCUUACUGUGCAUUAGUCUAUGUAAACCCUGGGAUGACAUUCUGUGCAUUGGUCUAAGCAUAAGGGCAAGUGAUGAGGACUGGAUUUUUAUUAAACAAUUUAGUAAUUAUAAAAGUUUCUUGUGUUUACUAGUAAAGGAUUUUUAAAAUUAUUUUAAUUAAACAAAAAUUUUUAAAAAAACUUUGUAAUUCGAGGGAAAAGUUUGAGGGUGGAAGGGGUAGAGGAAAGUGGGCCACUAAAUACAAAUUUACCUCUUUUUCAUUGGGUGGCCCUUCCAGGCUAUUGGUGAUGUAGACUUGGGCUCCAGUUUGCACAUUGUAAGAGAUUUGACUUGUAUAUCAGAAAUUCUAGACAUUUAGUGUGUGUUGAGAAUGUGUAGCUCUGUUCCUGUAAGGGGCUCCACAGAACAAAGAGGCAGCCUUCUGGGACCUGCAGGGAUGCUGCACACCUCACUUCUGUUCUAGUGACUGACAACGUUUGCAUUCGUUACGUUCAUUCGUUAACUUGCCUGUUGACUUUUUUUUUUUUUUUUUUUUUGGUCUUCCAUUUUUGUCUUCCUUUAUUUUGACUUUAUGUAGUUCUGGAAGUAACAGAUAAACUAAAGUAUAUCACAAACGAAAAACUGUGAGCUAUAUAGUACUUUUUUAAGAACAUCUUUUAAAUUUUUUUAAUGCAGUUGAUUUCUCCUCCCCACUUGGCACCCCCACUGAACCAAUUUAUGUUGUGAAAUUUGGUAACAGUGGUGGGGUCCUCACAUGAUAGGAGUUAGAGUUGCUUGGAUUCCAUUACUGGUAAUACAAGCUUUUUAAAGUUUGUUUGNUUUCUUAAUGUAGCUUUUUGAGGGGAAGUUUGUUUAAUCUAUUCUCAAAGCACACAGCAGUUCUGGUUUAAGUAUAGAACUUGGCGAACGGAGGGAACAGAAUCCCAUGAGUUGCUGAGUUGUCCCUCCCUCAGUAUAGUUUCUAGGUCUGUGUUCACUCAGUGAGAUCAGUAACCUGAACUACCUAUGGCAGCCCAGCAGUGCUGCUCCAGUGAAACGGGCUAAUCAGUAGUUCUUAGGCUAAUUCUGCACACGUCCUGCCUCCCUGUGUAGUCAGACAUACUGAAGGUUAGCAUUGUCCACUGGCCUGUUUCUUCUAGCUGAACAUUGUCAAAUGCGAACAACCAUUUCUUUCAGAGUGACACAAAGGGGGCUUGUCUUGAAGGAGGAACUGACCAUUUAUAUUUGUACCUAUGUAUUGCCUAAUAAUGAUGGCAUCCUGGACGAAUCCUUUGAUCUGGGAAAGCUCUGAAAGGUGGUUCCAACAGCUCCACACACCAGACUGUGCUCUUACAUGCUGUUCUGUUGUGUUCCUUUUAAAUCAAGUAGCAUGUGGUGUUCUUUAGUAUCAUAGCUUUUGCUGUGUAAAUGUCACUUGCUUUGCAUUCUCAAUCAUGCUUUCGCCAUAACAUUUAACUGAUGAUGUCAUUAAGUUCUAUUAAAGUGUCAUUCCUUUGGAAAGCCAGGGAUUCCCACUUGCAAAAUUUUAAGAUGAAAGUAGCAAGCUUAUCCCAAAGUUGGAACCAGGGACGCAAGCAGUGUCUUCAGUAGCUGAUCUGUUUCAGUGUGUGCCCAGAGUGACGGCACCUUUUAUAGGACACGAUGCCAGUAGUGCCAAGUUCAUGCAGAUGACUAACAUGGAAGUGUGUGCCUUUCAGUAGAUGAGCUCUUGCCUGGUAGUCAUUUGUAUUCUCAUACCACCAGAAUGCCCGCGAACACACGCACUUUCUUAGUGACACAACUUUGUCCCGUGCAGUUUCUAGGGUCAAACAGGAUAGGAGGGGAUCUUUCUUUACAUGAGGCUUUUGUAAUUGAAAUGUUGACAUUUCUGUUAAAUAUGUCUCACACCUACAGUGCUGCCGGUUUAAAAGUCCGGCUGGCAUCAAGAUUCACGCAGCGUGUACUGUGAAAUGUGUUAUUGACAAGCAUAUUCUGGCAUUAGAAGACAGUGUAAAAAAGUACUAGUUUUUAUAUAAAGGCUUUCUUUUGCUGUAUUGAAAAUCAAGUUUUCUUUUGGUGGCUUGUAUGGACGAAUGCAGCGUUGUCUCCCUUUGAGAGUUUUUUUUUUUUAUAUUAUAGCAAUGAUGUCACCAUAUUAGAGGAUAAAUAUACCUUGUGUAAGA